AUGGCUGUGCCAACAGGACGAGAAAUGACCUGGCUCCAGACAGGAUGGGAACAAAAUCAGGGCCGUUCUAGUCACAUAAGGCACUAUCGUCCGCCAGCACCAAGCGAAAAAGGAGCCAGCAGAAAUUCCCUUCUGCAAUGCAACAAAAUGUCCGUCAAAAUCAGACAAAUUGACGACAAAGCUCAGCAAAUACGUUUUAAAUACGGAAAGAACAAUCUUGAACGGAAUUUUAAGAAAGGAGUGGACCUAACUCCGUUUGUUACUAAAGUGCAGAUUAGAAAGAUGAGAGAACGAGACGGGAUCAAACCAGUAAGAGCUACAUCGGAGAGUGGAAGAGUUCGUUUUGCUACGGAAAGGGACAAAAACCAAUUGGACGAAGAUACUGCCGAUAAAAACACUCUUUCAAGUCACGCUGGAAUCGAAAAUGAUACCGCAACCGAUGAAGAAAAUACAAAAGAUGAAGGCACUUUUGCUGAGGUAUAUUAUCGGCAAGUUCACCUUUGUUUGUGUCUUUUUUGAUUAAUAGAAAUAGGCGGACUCUAUAGGCUUUUUCUAGCGCUUCUGCAGGUUUUUGUUAUUAAAACUCUAUCCCGCAGAUUCCGAAAUCCUGUCGAGGCAUCCCGCGGGAAAAUUCCUACGGCAAGACCCACGGCAGCCUUCGCUAAGCCCACAAAAGGCGAAAUAGCUUUAAGCAUUAAAGGACCGAUAUUGCUUGCGCCCGUAUCUAAAACUGCCAUAGCAACGGCGCAGGCAAGCGACAGACUGAGUCGACUGGAGGAUACGAGAUCGCUGCCCGAAUUUGCGGGCUCAAGAAAUGGCCGAGCCCGCCCUCGACCUAUUUCUUCGGUCAGCGACAGUGUUAUCAUAACCGGAAGGAACAUACACGCGCCUGGGAGAUGGUUAGGAAGUGAGCAUGCGCCGAAUAGCUCGCUCAACCAGAAUAACCGCCUAUGCCAUUCUUGUAAUGAACAACGCAAUGCACGUUUUGACUCAAGCAUAGCCAAGCAGAGGGCGAAAAGUGCCCUGUGCGGGAGGAUAAAUGAACGAAGAAAAAGCGAGGGUUGUGCUCCUCACAUGUUUCACCAAAGCCCAGUAAAAGCGCACGGUAAAACUGUAGGAAAUGGUGCGCUGAGCCCUAAGCGACGCCAAAAGAUGCGCAGUGGAAUGAUAUCUCCGUUUGAACUGCAAGUUCACUUGGAUCAGCUAAAAUCUUGUGAAUUUGGCUCCCCAGUUCCCCCGCCUUCACUGUCGAACUCAGACGAUGAAGAGAUCAUCAUGUCAUAG